AAGAGAGAUGCCGACGGCAAUCAGCGCCAAACAUUUUUUUGUCAUUCUGGACUACUCUCCUUCCCUUUCACAAUGACAGAGGUCGAAGAUGCCAUUAUACCUGCCAUUCAAAGACUCUCAGAUUUAGUCGACAAUCAACCGGAAAACUAUGCAAGGGGUAGUCAGGAUAUCCAAUUGGCAGCUCUUGCAGCAACGCAGUACAUAUUCGACCUAUCAUUGAAAUGUGAAAAUGUGUCUGCACCACACAUAAAUUCUCUUCUCCAAACCCUCAGUCCAUCUGAAGCACCUCAAACGCGAUCGCAGAGUAAGAAACGAAAACGCAGCCCUAGUCCGCCACGGACCGUGCCUACAUUCGAAAUGACCCCCUUGACGUCUUUGUUCACGGAUGGCAUGGACGAGGAACAAAUAUGGGCUCAAUUGGACCUCAGAGCUAGUAGGGUCACCACAGUCCUUGAACAGGCCAUCCAUCCAGACGAAGAUUCGGAGGACGAGGAUAAGGAUGAAACAAUGCAGAAGGUUUUAGAAGCCCUCAGAAAUGGUGAGGAUGUUGAAGGCUUCGACUUCGAUGACCUUGACGAGGAUCUGGGAGAGUCUGAUGAAGGGGCCCUUAGUGAAAGCAGUUCUGAAGAAGAAGAGGAAGAGGAGGAGGAGAGCUCGGAGGAAGAGCCGCAUGAAGAAGGUGUCAUGACGCUAAAAGACCCUUCCUCCGAAGAAGAUUCUUCCGCGGAAGAUUUCUCCGACUCCCAGCAAUCACCUCGAAGAAGAAAGGCGAAAAAGAGCGCAAAGAAGUCGAGACCUGAACAUUCAGAACUCGACGACGACUUUUUCAAUCUAAAGUCCUUCAACUCCCAAACCGAACGCUCGGAAGCACGUUCAGUAUCUCGUGGAAAUCUUGACGCAGAUGGGGAGAGCUCAGACGAAGAGUUUGUGGACCUGUUCGCUCCAGUUGACGUUGAAAACUUCGAUGAAGAGGACCUCGAGGACAGCGCCGAGCCCUUCUACAAGGAUUUCUUCGCCCCACCUCGAUCUGGAGCUUCUAAACGUCAGAAGGGAGAGACACGGAAAGAUGGCGUGCGCUUCCACGACGAGGUUAGGGUCAAGAAAAUCAAAGCAAAGGGGAAAAACUUACCGCUGUCUCUCAUGUUCAACGCCGGCGAAGAUGAAGACGAGGACGAAGAUGAAGACGACGAAGACGACGGACUGAUGGAAGCGUUGCAAUACGAUGAAGAUGAGGGUGAAGGUGUUUUGGAUGACAGUAAUGAGGAUAAGGAUGAGGAAGAUGGAGAUGAAGAUAUGGAUACAGAAGACGGAACAUCCGAGCACAGUGGUGGAGAUGCCAUCGAUCGAUUAAAGGAUGAUUUAUUCGCAGAAGAAGACGAAGAACCGGAGCGAGAUCAAUCCCAGCACGAAAAGCGUAUGGCUGCGCUGAAAGAGCAGAUUGUGGCACUGGAGGAGGAGAACGUUGGUCAAAAGGACUGGGUACUUAUGGGCGAAGCUCAUUCCCGGUCUCGUCCCCAAAAUUCACUACUGGAAGAGGACCUGGAGUUCGAACGUGUCAUGAAGGCGUUACCUGUCAUCACCGAAGAGGUGGUACAAGAGCUUGAAGAGAGAAUCAAGGCGCGAAUCAUGGACAACAACUUUGACGACGUUGUCAGGAUACGACCUUUAGAUGACAAGCCCUUUCUGCCAUCAAGAUUUUUCGAGCUCAAGGAUACAAAAUCGGCCGACUCCCUUGCUCAAAUUUACGAAAAUGAAUUUGUUGCAGCGCAGACUGGAGGUCCUGUGGAUGAUCGUGAUGGUAAACUGAAGAAGGAGCACGAUGAUAUUGAAAAAUUGUGGGAUAACAUUUGUGCAAAGCUAGACGCUCUCUGCAACGCCCACUUUACUCCCAAACAAGCCAAAGCUACGAUAUCUUCCAUAUCAAAUAUAGCAACUACGUCUUUGGAAUCUGCUCUGCCUACCACCGAAUCUACAGCAACGAUGCUUGCGCCUGAGGAAGUAUUCGCCCCCUCCCCGUCUGAUCUUCGCUCUCGAAGCGAAAUGACACCCAGUGAAAAGCAGGCGCUCAGAGCAAAAGAACGAAAAGCCAGGAAAAAGAGAAGAGACCAACUGAACACUGCGGUGGAUAAAUACGCCAGGACCAAGGGGAGUGUCAAGUCGCAAAAGAAGGAUGCAUUAGAGAUGGCAGUAAAGAGCGGCAAGGGCGUUACUGUCGUUGGGAAGCAGAGGAAGGAUAUCCUUCAGAGAAAAGAUUCGAGGAAGUCGAAAUGAUUGUAGACCCACGUGACCCUGAAUAUAAUUUAGUGGCUUGAUCGCAACCACACUGCAGU